UUUUGACCGGAAGUGGCUCUGAGUGGCGCCGAGCUUGACUUCCCUGAAGGAGCGAGAGGGAGAGCCGAACAGGUUUGCUCGGCAGACUGACGCGGCGUCGGGCAGACGGAGGACUGGAGCGGACCCGUUCCUGCGGGGGAGUACGGCUCGGCUUUUUUUUUUCUUUCUUUUUUUUUUAGGGGUGGGGGGGGGGUGUUUGUUCGUUGUGGAUUUUUCAACCGGAGGGAAGCCGAAGAUUUUUGUCAUUCAAAAUCGGGGGAACGUUGUUUUUAACUCACACUCUGGCAUCACCGGGGAAGCCGGAAGGAGGAAAAAAAAAAAAAGGAGCUGCGGGUUUUAGCCUGGAAGAAGCUGCGUUCAGACCCGCAAAAGAAACGCCAACAAAGAGAGCGUUCAAGGAAGUAGGCUGCUGCUCCGCGAGGGGACGGGGAGCUAGUUGAGUAACCGACCGAAAGUCCUCCACCAUGGCUCACCACAGACUCCUCCGCGCGGGGCUGACUUUACUGCUGUCCGUUCUGUUUCUGAACGCGGGGCUCCUCCGAGUCGACGGGCAGUACGGCGGCGGGGACCGGGGCAUGUCGAUACCGGAGCACGGAUUCUGCCAGCCCAUCUCCAUUCCGCUGUGCACUGACAUCGCGUACAACGAGACCAUCAUGCCGAACCUGCUCGGCCACACCAACCAGGAGGACGCGGGGCUGGAGGUGCACCAGUUCUACCCGCUGGUCAAGGUCCAGUGCUCCCCGGAUUUAAAGUUCUUCCUGUGCUCCAUGUACGCGCCCGUGUGCACGGUGCUGGAGCAGGCGCUGCCCCCGUGUCGCUCUCUGUGCGAGCGCGCACGGCAGGGCUGCGAGGCGCUCAUGAACAAGUUCGGCUUCCAGUGGCCCGACAGCCUCGCGUGCGAGACCUUUCCGGUCCACGGCGCCGGGGAGCUGUGCGUGGGGCAAAACAUGUCGGACCGUGCCGAACCGGACGUCCCCAGUCCCGGACAGGACCCGACCGUGCGCACGGACCACUUGAACGGUCAGUUCCGGUGCCCACCGUCGCUCGUCGUGCCCCCGUACCUGAACUACCGCUUCCUCGGGCUGGAGGACUGCGGCGCUCCCUGCGAGCCCAAGAGGUCUCACGGGAUGAUGUACUUCAACGAGGAGGAGCUGAAAUUCGCUCGGAUUUGGAUCGGCAUCUGGUCGGUGCUGUGCUGCGCGUCCACGUUGUUCACCGUGCUGACCUACCUGGUGGACAUGAAGCGCUUCAGCUACCCGGAGCGGCCCAUCGUCUUCCUCUCCGGCUGCUACACCAUGGUGUCCAUCGCCUACAUCGCUGGGUUCCUGCUGGAGGACAAGGUGGUCUGCAAUGACCGGUUCGACAACGACAUGAGGACGGUGGUGCAGGGCACGAAGAAGGAGGGCUGCACCAUCCUCUUCAUGAUGCUGUACUUCUUCAGCAUGGCCAGCUCCAUCUGGUGGGUCAUCCUGGCCCUCACCUGGUUCCUGGCGGCGGGGAUGAAGUGGGGCCACGAGGCCAUCGAGGCGAACUCUCAGUACUUCCACCUGGCGGCCUGGGCCGUGCCCGCCAUCAAGACCAUCACCAUCCUGGCCGUGGGGCAGGUGGACGGAGACGUGCUGAGCGGGGUCUGCUUCGUGGGCAUCAACAGCGUGGACGCGCUCCGGGGCUUCGUCCUGGCGCCGCUGUUCGUCUACCUGUUCAUCGGAACCUCCUUCCUGCUGGCGGGCUUUGUGUCCCUGUUUCGCAUCCGCACCAUCAUGAAGCACGACGGCACCAAGACGGAGAAGCUGGAGAAGCUGAUGGUGCGGAUCGGCAUCUUCAGCGUGCUGUACACCGUGCCGGCCACCAUCGUCAUCGCCUGCAACUUCUACGAGCAGGCCUUCCGGGAGCAGUGGGAGAAGACGUGGAUCGUCCAGACGUGCAAGACGUACGCCGUGCCGUGCCCGGUCCAGAGCCACCCCAACAUGAGUCCCGACUUCACCGUCUUCAUGAUAAAGUACCUCAUGACGCUGAUCGUGGGCAUCACCUCCGGCUUCUGGAUCUGGUCCGGGAAGACCCUCAACUCGUGGCGGAGGUUUUACACGAGACUGGCCAACAGUAAACAGGGCGAGACCACGGUGUGAUGUGGUCUGACCUCUUACCCCCCCCCCCCCCCCCCCCCCCCCCCCCAUGCAGACUGCUCGGUGACAAACUGAAUGAUAAUCCUCUGCAUUAUUUUCUUGUGAUUUUUAUCGGACUUACAGAAGAGACUUGGUAUGUUGUUUUUUUUAAUGUACAUAUACAUUUGUGAGAUUUUUGUAAGUAUAUAUUUGUAUUUAAAGAAAAACAUUUUUUUUGUAAUUCUUUCUUCCCCCUUUUUUUUUGUUGUAAAAACACCUUUUUUCAUACUUUGGACAUAAUGGAAUUGUACUCACAAAGAGCCAGCUGACCAUGAAUGGUCCCGUGACCUGACUCACUGUGGACACCGCUGGGAGUAUUUCACAUGGAGCGAGGGGGUCUUUGAUCAGAGCGCCGG